ACAGCACAGCAACUUCAUAUACUGUUACUGAUCUUUGAGGUGGCUUCAGUGGCUGUGGUUUCAGACCAAGGUGUUGGGCAAACAGGGUUGUACUAUGUAUUGAACAUGUGCUUUCUGUCUGUAACAGACCCAGAAUGUCCCCCUCCCACAGAAAUAUGUCCUACAGCAUUCCAGGAAGCUUCAGCUCUUGACUCAUACAGAUUCUUUUCAGUUCCAAAGGGCUUGAAGCACAUUUUGUUUUUUGAAGAAGAAGUAGCUCCUGAGUCCCUAGUUAUGAUCGCUGUGAGGGUUUGCACAUGUAUUCAAAUACUGCCCCUGCAGGUGCACUGUUCCCUAAUCCCAGAACUUUUGGGGAGACACAUUUUACAGUGUGAUAAUUUUUAUUCUAGAUGGCUCUUGCCAAAUAUCAACCAAAAAUAUUUUUAUCCAAUCCAUAGGCAGCCCUGAGGGUGUAACUCUUUCAAUCUUCCAGAAGAUUCUCCUUGUCUGUUAAUAAGCAAUGCUUAUACAGCAUUUUUAAGCAUUAGUCCCCACAGCAGCCUCAGAAAUUCUGGAACAUUAUCCCCAUUGUUUAUAUUUGAGAAGGUCUGCCUCUGAACUUGUCACACCAUCGUACUAGAUUCCCAAUCCCACCUGCUCUCUUACAGAAGUCCUGCAGUCUGCUGUGUCUUACCAAAGCUUUCUGCCCAGGAUGUGCACAUUUGAUGCAAUCAAAACGGUGAAAGUUUUCUCCUUGUGUUUGGUUGCUUGAUUUUGUCCGUGUUUUCUACUAUUCCUGAACACACAAAACUUGCCUCUGGUUGUCUCUUCAUUUUGGAAUUUGUCAUGAUUGUUGUCUUUGGUUUGGAAUUUAUUAUUCGUAUCUGGUCUGCUGGGUGCUGCUGUCGCUACCGAGGAUGGCAAGGAAGACUGCGCUUUGCGAGGAAACCAUUCUGUGUAAUAGACAUCAUUGUUCUCAUCGCUUCAAUAGCAGUUGUUUCUGCAAAAACUCAAGGUAACAUUUUUGCAACAUCAGCACUGAGAAGUCUUCGUUUCCUACAGAUCCUUCGCAUGGUGCGCAUGGACCGAAGAGGAGGCACUUGGAAAUUAUUAGGUUCUGUAGUUUAUGCACAUAGCAAGGAAUUAAUCACAGCCUGGUACAUAGGAUUUUUAGUACUCAUCUUUUCAUCUUUCCUGGUUUAUUUGGUGGAAAAAGAUGCAAAUACCGAAUUCUCCACAUAUGCAGAUGCUCUCUGGUGGGGCACAAUCACAUUGACAACCAUUGGCUAUGGAGACAAAACUCCUCUUACUUGGCUUGGAAGGUUGCUUUCUGCAGGAUUUGCUCUACUUGGCAUUUCUUUCUUUGCACUACCUGCUGGCAUCCUUGGCUCAGGAUUUGCAUUGAAAGUGCAGGAACAGCAUCGUCAGAAACACUUUGAAAAAAGAAGGAAUCCAGCUGCAAGUCUAAUUCAGUGUGUAUGGCGUAGUUAUGCUGCUGAUGAGAAAUCAGUUUCCAUUGCUACCUGGAAGCCUCAUUUGAAGGCCUUGCAUACCUGCAGCCCUACAAAAAAAGAACAAGGGGAAUCUUCUAGCAGCCAAAAGUUAAGUUUCAAGGAGCGGGUCCGGAUGGCCAGCCCACGAGGUCAAAGUAUAAAAAGCAGGCAAUCUUCAGUCGGAGAUCGCCGGUCACCGAGUGCUGACAUUGCCACCGAGGGCAGCCCAACCAAAGUCCAGAAGAGCUGGAGCUUCAAUGACCGAACCCGCUUCAGGCCCUCGCUGCGGCUGAAGAGCUCCCAGCCCAAACCCAUGGUUGAUGCUGACACCAGUCUUGGAACAGAUGAUGUUUAUGAUGACAAAGGGUGUCAGUGUGAUGUGUCUGUAGAAGACCUCACCCCUGCUCUUAAAACUGUCAUUAGAGCUAUCAGAAUUAUGAAGUUUCAUGUUGCAAAGAGAAAGUUUAAGGAAACGCUUCGUCCAUAUGAUGUCAAAGAUGUCAUUGAACAGUAUUCAGCAGGUCAUCUAGACAUGUUAUGCAGGAUUAAAAGUCUUCAGUCACGCGUUGACCAAAUUCUUGGGAAAGGACAAAUCACAGCAGAUAAAAGAAGCAGAGAGAAGAAUCCUGCAGAGCAUGAGACAGCUGAUGAUGUCAGUAUGUUAGGGCGGGUAGUCAAAGUGGAGAAACAGGUACAAUCCAUUGAAUCAAAACUGGACUGUCUAUUAGAUAUUUAUCAACAAGUUUUGCGAAAAGGAUCUGCAUCCGCGCUCACUUUGGCUUCAUUGCAAAUGCCACCUUUCGAGUGUGAGCAGACUUCUGAUUACCAGAGUCCAUCAGACAGCAAAGAUUUGUCUAAUUCUGCACAACUUAGUGGAUGUGUAUCCAGAUCAGCUAGUGCCAAUCUGCCUCGUGGCCUACAGCUUAUACUGACACCAAAUGAAUUUAGCACUCAGGCUUACUGUGCUUUUAGUCCAGCUAUGCAUAGUCAAGCAACACAAGUGCCAAAUGACGGACCUGCAACAGUAAAUAAUACAUCAAACCAAAUAAACCAGACAACUAAGCCAGCAACUCCGACAACAUUACAAAUACCACCCUUCUCAUCGAUGAAGCAUAUCAAUAGGCCUGAGCCCAUUCAUAUUAUUCCUGUAACGACACAGGAAAAUAUUUCUAAUGUCACCGCUUGCCUUGUUGCAUCAAAGGAUAAUGGACAAGUUGCACAGCCCAGUGUGACAAAGGAUCUCACAUGGAGAAAAAGUCUGGAUACAGAAGGGGAACCUUUGCUCUCAGUUAAACCUGUAGUGCAAAUGGAUUUAGGAAAAUCUUUAUCUGUACAAAACCUUAUACAGUCAACAGAAGAACUGAAUAUACAGAUUGCUGGCAGUGACUCCAGUAGUUCCAGAGGUAGCCAAGAUGUAUACUCCAAAUGGAGGGAGUCAAAAUUAUUUAUAACGGAUGAAGAGUUGGAGACAGAGGCAGGGACAGAGACUACUGAAGCCAUCUCGCGCCCGUUAGUGGAAGCAACUCUCUCUGCUGACUCUCUAAGGACUGGAAUAUCAAGAUCAUCUCAAAACAUCUGCAAGCCAGGGGAUGGUACAGAAGCACUCAGUCUGCUCCAUGUCAAACUUAAAUAACUUCUGACUUUCUUCAUUGGCUGGGUUAUUCCUCUAGUCAUACAUAUCAUAGCAUGAACUGUUUUGAAAGCCUUUUUAAUAAGAUAAAAUCACAAAAAUCAGGAUGAAUCUGCAAAGCAGUUGAAUGAGCCCAUAUUUCCUAGUUGCAUGAAAAAAGCAUGUCUAAGCAAUGGCUAACAUCCAAAUUUACACCUACAGUACAGCAGCCUUUCAUGUAGUACAGUAGGUUUAAAUGAGUUGCCUACAAAGCUAAUGCUGCAGGAUGUAUCAAAAAACAAAAAUUUGAGCAUUUAGACCUUGUGCUGUUUCCAUGGGGCAGAAGUAAAAACCUUAAGGUUUAAAGCACUUUGCUUCUGAACUGAUUAAAUAUAUAUAUAUAAUGUCCUGAUUUAGAUGAUAGUUUAUGUUUACAACAAAAAGAUUAUCUACAGCUGCUAGCAAGGUACCAAGGAAAUGAGAAACAUGGGGUUAGAAAUGGCUGCCUGUCGCAAGAUACAAACAUUAACUCAUCAGUAAUCAGUUAUUUUUAUCUCUGAAGAACAGUAUGUUAAUACCUGAUUUUUGGUGAUCUAGUGCUGUGGCAGAAGUACCUGACACACCACUGUCACAUUGUUCUGUAUAACAAGAACUAUUUUGUUACAAAAGAUUUGUAUUUUAAGGAUUGGGUCUGGCCUCAGAAAUGGAUAAUGUAGGUGACUGCACUGAAAAUUCAAAGGAAUCUCUCCUUCUUCCAGUCUCAUUGAGAAGCUGACUUGUGAAUCUGAACCAUUUUGGCAGCAGUAGGUGAGGGAAGGAAACAGGUGCUGCCUUUAUUGUAGAAGCAAUAUUUCCUUCUUGUGAAAAUUUUGGCAAUUUUCCUUGCUGUCCCAACCUGAUACUACAAAAGCACUUUCAUAAGGCUGGGCAAGAAGGGAAAAUGAGGAACUCAAAUACAGAGUAAAAGUAAAGUGGGCAGAACAGAAGAGAAAGACAACAUAAUCAAUGGGAAAAUAAAUAAUAAUAUGGAUUUAGAUGGGCAGGGAGGGAAAUCAUCC